AUGACAAUGACAAUAAAGAUGACUUCAUUGUCAAGAAAUAUACCGGCCGCUGCCGGGGCCGGGGUUGAGGCUCCGGCGGUGGCGGCAGCGGCCGCCGGAGCCGGAGUCGAGACUGAGUCAAUGGCUCGGGGUCAUCGCCCCACAUCUCCGGUGCCAGGAGCCCCCGGUCUGCGACCCUGCCUCUGGCAGCUGGAAACAGAGCUGAGGGAGCAGGAGGUGUCCGAGGGUUCAUCUUUGAACUAUUGCCGGAGCUUCUGCCAGACUUUAUUACAAUAUGCAAGCAACAAGAAUGCGUCCGAACACAUUGUGUACCUUCUGGAGGUGUAUCGACUUGCCAUCCAAAGCUUUGCCAGUGCACGUCCAUAUUUAACUACUGAAUGUGAAGAUGUCCUCUUAGUGCUUGGCAGAUUAGUACUGAGUUGUUUUGAAUUAUUGCUUUCAGUGCCUGAAAGUGAGCUGCCGUGUGAAGUCUGGGUACCAUUCCUUCAGUCUCUACAGGAGUCACAUGAUGCAUUAUUGGAAUUUGGGAAUAAUAACCUACAAAUAUUGGUUCAUGUUACCAAGGAAGGUGUAUGGAAAAACCCAGUUCUUCUUAAAAUUCUAUCUCAACAGCCAGUGGAAACAGAGGAAGGGCUAUCUCUCAGAGUCAAUAAAUUUAUUGCACAAGAAGGACCUGCCUUUCUGCAGAUGCGAAUAAAACAUUUGUUGAAAUCUAACUGCGUCCCCCAGGCCACUGCUUUAUCAAAACUAUGUGCAGAAUCCAAAGAAAUUUCAAAUGUAUCAUCUUUUCAGCAAGCCUAUAUCACAUGUUUAUGUUCUAUGCUCCCUAGUGAGGAUGCUAUUAAGGAGAUUGCAAAGGUCGACUGCAAGGAAGUACUAGACAUCAUAUGUAAUUUGGAGUCUGAGGGUCAAGAUAACACAGCAUUUGUUCUUUGUACAACUUACCUUACCCAGCAACUCCAGACUGCAAGUGUGUAUUGUUCUUGGGAAUUGACCCUCUUUUGGAGUAAACUACAAAGAAGAAUCGACCCUUCUUUAGAUACUUUCCUGGAGCGGUGUCGUCAAUUUGGUGUCAUAGCUAAAACACAGCAACAUUUGUUUUGCCUGAUUAGAGUCAUACAAACUGAAGCACAAGAAGCUGGUCUUGGGGUGUCAAUUUUACUAUGUGUAAGAGCUCUUCAACUCAGAUCAAGUGAGGAUGAGGAAAUGAAAGCAUCAGUUUGCAAAACAAUUUCCUGUCUUUUACCAGAAGAUUUGGAAGUCAGACGAGCCUGUCAGCUUACAGAAUUCUUAAUUGAACCCAGUUUGAAUGGAUUUAAUAUGCUGGAAGAGCUGUAUUUGCAACCAGACCAGAAAUUUGAUGAAGAAAAUGCUCCAGUUCCAAAUUCUCUCCGAUGUGAGCUCUUACUAGCUUUAAAAGCCCAUUGGCCUUUUGAUCCUGAAUUUUGGGACUGGAAAACUUUAAAAAGACAUUGCCACCAACUUCUAGGACAAGAAGCAUCAGAUUCUGAUGAUGAUUUAAGUGGCUAUGAAAUAUCUAUUAAUGACACAGAUGUUUUAGAGUCCUUUCUCAGUGACUAUGAUGAAAGUAAAGAAGAUAAACAAUUUAGAAGAAAUUUGACAGAGCAACAUAAGGAGAAAAGAGACAAAAAACCUAUUGGUUCUUCGGAGAGAUACCAGAGGUGGCUUCAGUAUAAGUUCUUCUGUUUGUUAUGUAAGCGGGAAUGUAUAGAGGCCAGGAUUCUUCAUCAUUCUAAGAUGCACAUGGAAGAUGGAAUUUAUACCUGUCCAGUUUGUAUUAAAAAAUUCAAAAGAAAAGAAAUAUUUGUUCCUCAUGUGAUGGAACAUGUUAAAAUGCCACCAAGCAGAAGGGACCGUUCCAGAAAGAAGUUACUGUUGAAAAACUCUCAAAAGGGUGUCUGUCCCAAGAGCCCCUCCACCACGCUGGAGCAAAAUCAGUCACUGAAUGAACAAGCCAAAGGAGAGUCUCAUGAAUAUGUUACAUUCAGCAAGUUAGAGGAUUGCCACCUGCAAGACAGAGAUUUAUAUCCAUGUCCUGGUACAGACUGUUCCCGCGUGUUUAAGCAGUUUAAAUACUUAAGUGUGCAUCUUAAAGCUGAACACCAAAAUAAUGAUGAAAAUGCCAAGCACUACUUAGCCAUGAAAAAUAGAAGAGAGAAGUGUACUUACUGUCGCCGGCAUUUCAUGUCUGCUUUUCAUCUACGAGAGCAUGAACAAGUGCAUUGUGGACCUCAGCCAUAUAUGUGUGUAUCUAUUGAUUGCUACGCUCGGUUUGGAUCAGUGAACGAACUACUUAACCAUAAACAAAAGCAUGAUGAUCUGCGUUAUAAAUGUGAAUUAAAUGGCUGUAAUAUUGUUUUCAGUGACUUGGGACAGCUUUACCACCAUGAAGCACAACACUUUAGGGAUGCAUCUUACACAUGUAAUUUUCUUGGCUGUAAAAAGUUCUACUAUUCCAAAAUUGAAUACCAGAAUCACCUCUCAAUGCAUAACGUUGAAAAUUCAAAUGGAGACGUAAAGAAACCAGUCAAAGUUGAGCCUGCAGCAGGUGAAAAGCAAGAUUGUGUUAAUCAACCCAGUGUACAAGACCAAACUGAUAAACCACAUUUAUCUGAGGCUGUUUUUUGUACAGCAUCUGCUAAUUCUCAGACAGAUACAGAAACUGCUGACAACCUGAAAGAAAACAGUGAUAGUAACUCUAGUGAUCAGUUAAGUCAGAGCUCUUCAGCCUCAGUGAAUGGAGAGAUAAUUGACACACUGGAUCACUCUGAAGCCAUGCAGGAUGUGUUGUUAUCUCAUGACAAAGCCUUCGAAUCCUCCAAUUUAAAAGAAAAAUGCUCUGUGGCAGUGUGUUUUGAUGGGACUAAGUUUACCUGUGGUUUUGAUGGAUGUGGUUCCACGUAUAAAAAUGCAAGAGGGAUGCAAAAGCAUCUCCGCAAGGUCCACCCGUACCAUUUCAAACCCAAACAGGUAAAGACAAAAGAUCCCUUCCCCUGUCUGAGUAACGAAAACAACCAAACAACUGAAAAGCUUGAUGUUGAACCUAAACCCAACUCCGAUACAAACAGUGACUCCCCAGACGAAAGUCUAGAUCACAAUGUUCAUACUAAAUGUAAGCGAGAAAAUCAAGGUUAUGCCACACAACCCUCCACUUGUGCACCUAAAAGGUCAUGUACAGAAGAUACCAUGUUAGAACUUCUGUUACGGUUGAAACAUUUAAGUUUGAAAAACUCAAUGACACAUGGAUCUUUCUCAGGGUCAUUGCAAGGGUAUCCAGCCAAUGGUGCUAAGUCUCUUCAGUCAGUUUCAUCUACUAUCUCAGACCUUAAUUUUCAGAAUGAAGAUGAAAAUGUGCCAAGUCAGUACCUUGCACAACUGGCGGCUAAGCCUUUUUUCUGUGAGCUUCAAGGAUGCAAAUAUGAAUUUGUGACCCGAGAGGCUUUAUUAAUGCAUUAUCUUAAAAAGCAUAAUUAUUCAAAAGAAAAAGUCCUCCAAUUAACGAUGUUCCAACAUCGGUAUUCCCCAUUCCAGUGUCAUAUUUGCCAAAGAUCAUUUACAAGGAAGACACACCUUCGAAUUCAUUAUAAAAAUAAACAUCAAAUUGGCAGUGACAGAGCAACUCAUAAGGUAAUCAAUAAUGAAAAGUGUGAUCACGAAGGUCCAUGCUCAGUAGACAGGUUGAAAAGUGAUUAUUCUGUGGAACUUGGAGGUGAUCCCAGCAAUAACUCUGAGAAGCCACAUUGUCUUUCUAAGAAGGAUGAAUGCAGUUCAGAGACAGAUUUGGAAUCAUCUUGUGAAGAAACAGAAGGCAAAAUAUCUGAUAUUUCAUCACCAAUUGGCAGCCAUAGGGAAGAACAAGAAGGAAGAGAGGGAAGAGGUAGUAGGCGAACUGUUGCUAAAGGAAAUCUCUGCUAUAUUUUGAAUAAAUACCACAAGCCAUUCCAUUGUAUCCAUAAAACUUGCAACUCCUCAUUCACCAAUCUUAAAGGCCUGAUCCGUCACUACAGAACUGUACAUCAGUACAACAAAGAACAAUUAUGCUUAGAGAAAGACAAAGCAAGAACCAAAAGGGAACUUGUAAAAUGUAAGAAAAUAUUUGCUUGCAAAUAUAAGGAAUGUAACAAGCGCUUCCUUUGUUCCAAAGCCCUGGCUAAGCACUGUAGUGACUCUCAUAACUUAGAUCAUAUUGUUGAGUCAAAAGUACUUUCUGAAGCUGAAUCCGCAGCCAGGUUUUCCUGCAGCCAGCCUCAGUGCCCUGCCGUCUUCUAUACAUUCAGCAAACUGAAGCACCACCUAAUGGAACAACAUAACAUUGAAGGAGAAGUACAUUCAGAUUAUGAAAUUCAUUGUGAUCUCAAUGGCUGUGGCCAGAGUUUUACCCAUCACGGCAAUUACUCGCAGCAUGUGUAUUAUCGGCACAAGGACUAUUACGAUGACCUGUUUAGAAGCCAGAAAGUCGCUAACGAAAGGUUGCUAAGGAGUGAAAAGGGGUGUCCAACCGCUCAAACUCCGGGACAUGAGCAUCAGACUACCCGUAGAACUUUCAGUGCAAAGACUAAAAAAUGUGGCUUAAUCAAGGAAAAGAAAGCUCCAAUUAGUUUUAAGACAAGAGCUGAAGCUUUGCAUAUGUGUGUAGAGCACUCUGAACACACACAGUAUCCUUGCAUGGUCCAAGGAUGUUUAUCUGUGGUGAAGUUGGAGAGCAGCAUUGUGAGGCAUUAUAAACGUACCCAUCAGAUGAGUAGUGCCUAUUUAGAACAACAGAUGGAAAACCUUGUGGUUUGUGUUAAAUAUGGCACCAAAAUCAAGGAGGAGCCUCCAUCUGAAGCAGAGCCCUGUAUAAAGACCGAAGACAGCAUAAGCUGUGAACCAGAGCAUACACAGCACAGCCAUUCUCCAGGUGACAGUAGUGCACCCACCCAGAAUACCGAUUCUUCCUCUCACCCACCCGAAAAGGAUGCAAGUCAGAAGGAGUGUACAGAAAGCAAACCAGUGUUUGAUGCACAGACUCUGCGCUAUAGGGGGACUUUAAAAUGUAAUCAUAGUUCAGAAACCACUUCUUUGGAACAAUGUAAUAUAGUUCAGCCUCCUCCUUGUAAAAUAGAAAAUCCCAUCCCUAAUCCCAGUGGGACUGAAAGUGGAACUUACUUUGCAGGUUUCCAUCUGCCUUUACCAAGAGUCAAAGACUCAGAAACUGGGCAGUAUAGUUCAGGGCAAGAAAACACUGUAAAAAAUGCAACCCAUGUCCCAAAAGAGAAUUUUAGGAAGCAUUCACAGCCCAGGUCGUUUGACUUAAAGACUUACAAGCCUAUGGGAUUUGAAUCUUCGUUUCUGAAAUUUAUCCAAGAAAGUGAAGAAAAAGAAGAUGAUUUUGAUGAUUGGGAACCUUCAGAGCACCUAACAUCAAGUUCUUCACAGCCCAGUAAUGACUUAACAGGGAGUGUUAUGGUAAAUAAUAUGGUGAAUAACAAUGACCCUGGUGUUGACAUACCUCAUUCUUCCAGUGACUCUACAAUUCAUGAGAACCUGACUACAAUCCAACCUUUAAUAGUAGCUGAAACCACAACAGUUCCUUCCUUGGAAAACCUAAGGGUUGUAUUGGACAAAGCAUUAACAGACUGUGGAGAGCUUGCCUUAAAACAGCUUCAUUAUCUUCGGCCAGUGGUUGUCCUUGAAAGAUCUAAGUUUUCCGCACCAAUUUUAGACUUAUUUCCAGCAAAAAAGACAGACGAGCUGUGUGUAGGAAGUUCCUAAGUAGCAAUUUUGUUUUAGAAACAGACUGGCUCUAACAUUGCAACAUGGGACAGUUGCCAACUUGAACAAAGGCUGAUAACCAGCCCCACUGUUGUUUAGGGUAGAAUAGGCUGUGUAUUUACAUGAAUGUAUGAUAUCUAUGUCAGCAGUAUUGGCUGAGUCCAUUAGCUCUCCAGUUGGUUUAUUGAUUGGGGUUUCUUUUUGUUUUUUUGUUUGUUUAUUAAAAAAAGAAAUGGAACUGUACUCUUGUUUGGUGCUAAUUAAUACAUCUAAAUAUAUUGGGGCUUCCUUUUUCAAAUUACAAGUGCAUGAUUGUAUAUGGAACAGAUACUAAGGUCCCAGGGUGGGAGGGCUAGGGAAAGGGAUAUGGAGUUCUUACUUGACUUGAAUGUGCACCCACGGGUGCUUCGUGUAAUAUAUUGUACACUACAGCAUCUUAUAUUUUUUGAGUUGAGUUUCAAUAAAUUACGAUUUUU